AUGGCAGAAGAUGCAUAUACGAUCGUUAAUGUACACUAUCAAGGGCUGUUUACACCUACCCCAUUGAUUUAUUUUGAUGGAGUAAAAGCCUCGGUACCUCAGACGGUUGUGAAGAAGACGAACUUUGAUGAUUUCAUCCCCUUUCUUGAAAAGCUUACUAACGGAAGAUGUAGAGAUGUGUAUUACUGUCCACAUGAAGUGAUGUUGUCGGAGGGAUUACAUGCUAUUCAGAAUAACUGUGAUUUUAACGAGUUUCUUGAAGAUAUGAAUAAAAAGAAGAGAUUAGAUGUGUAUGUGGAUCAUCAUCAUGAACCUUUGUUUGAUUGGAUUCGGUAG